CUCACUUUACACUCGCGGUUCGAGAAACACUUUAAAGUGAAAUGGUUUUUGACGCUGCAAUAUUAGUCGUGUACACGUAAGCCGUAAGUUGGAGUUGAACCAGGGUUGAAAGGAAGAUGGGACUGAGUUGAGUAGUCUAAGAAAACCCGAAUAGUAAACCGAACCGAACUAUCUUUAUAAAAUUAACUUGCGCUAUUUCUGCCUAUUUGAGCCCUACCUAUUUACAGAUUAUUUCAAUAAGAAAAUAUAGAAUUGGCAGGUGUCAAGAUGAAAGACGUUGAAUUGUAGCAAAUAUUGUUGAUAAUUUCACAGUCAAAAUUUCAAAGUAAAUUUUAAGCAAUAAAAAUAUUAAUCAAAAUGAAUGACAAAUAUUUGGCAAAAGUUGCAAAAAUACCUAUAGCAAAGGCUGGAUUUGACGCUCUUGGAAUGACAGCACCUAUGCUAGUACAGAUGAAUCCAGAUGGUAAAUGGGAAAAUUCGACACCAGGAAACAUGGACGAAGAUCGUCUUAAGGCCAUAGUACAAUAUUUAGUGAACUCCGAAGCAGUGUCUGCCGCACAAAGUUACUGCGAUCAGUGUGCGAGUAAAAGUCAGAAAGAAGGGGGCCAAUCAAAUUAUGUUCCGAUCAUUAUGAUGCCAAUAUACCCUGCGGAGCAAUGCCCUUUUGAUUUGGAAUGCGGAAAUCAAAAAAUGAAGGAAAUUGAAGAACAGAAACCUACGAAAAAAGUUACUACUAAAGUACAGGAAAAAGAUCCUGGGAAAGACAAAAGUAUGAAAACAGUGAAGAAAAAGCAAUUCGUCAUGCAGCGUCUUACUGAUUUCGAUUUAAUGUCACAGUGGUAAACGGAAAAAGUUGCUACGGAGACGAGCUCAAAAUAAUUGAAGUAAUUUGUAUCGUUCAAAGUAUUUGAAAUUGACAAUGUCCUUAAUAAAAACGUGAGAAUGCGAGAAAAAA